AUGGAAAUAUUCACAUACGCUCCAAAUUGGGCUGCAAUUGAAAGAAGAAAGGAAAUGAAAAUGACACAGGCAGAGGAAAGGGCACAAAGGCUGCCCCUGCAUAAUGACAGAUUCCACUACAAAAAAGAAAGCAAGAACAAAGUAGAGGAUGUUCUCUGCAGUAUUUGUAAAAAGGAAGACCACCUACCAGCAAUGUGUCCAGAGAGAAAGGUGGAGGUAAAGGAGAAAAAGGAAGACAACAUAUACACGCCUAUGUUCCAAUUUACACCCACCACAGUUAGACUUACAAAUGUUCCUGUUGACACAGUCAAGGGCGAGAUCCGGGAGAUACUUAUAUCCAACAAUGUACAGUAUGAUCUUCUUAUUAUGGUGACGGAUAAGCAGAAUAGGGAGGACUUCAAGGGAACAGUUUAUAUUGAGCUGCCAACUGAAGGAAUGGCAGACAGGUGUGUGGCCCUAUUUGAUAGAAUGAAAAUGGGCGUGCAGAUUGUCAGUGCAUGCACUGUAGAAGGAAGGCAAAGGGCAUAG